AUGGAUUCUUCCCGGAGCCUCGAGCACGUACUUUCCAUGCAAGGCGGCGAGGAUGACGUCAGCUACGCCAAAAACAGUUACGGUCCGGCCGCAGCUUUAGCCUCGAGCAAAGAAAUACUGACGUCAGCCAUCCACUCCAUCAAGCUAACAAAAGGAUGCUCCUACUCUCAUCUAAAGAUAGCCGACUUAGGCUGCGCAGUCGGAGACAACACGUUUUCAACGGUGGACACGGUUGUUGAGGUGUUGCGGAAAAAGCUGGCCGUGGAUGACGGCGGAGCCGAGCUGGAGAUUGAGGUUUUCUUCUCGGACUUGCCUUCAAACGACUUCAACAUGUUGUUUAGAUCGUUGGAAGGGAAAGUGAACGGCUCGAGCCAGAAGUACUUCGCGGCUGGCGUUCCCGGUUCGUUCUAUAAGCGGCUGUUUCCCAAAGGAGAGCUCCAUGUCGUUGUGACCUCGAGCGCAUUGCAAUGGCUCUCUCAGAUACCGGAAAAAGUGAUGGAGAAAGGAUCAAAGACAUGGAACAAGGGAAGGGUGUGGAUUGAAGGAGCAGAGAAAGAAGUCGUGGAGGCAUACGCGGAGCAAUCAGAGAAGGACUUAAUCGAGUUCUUGAAGUGUCGUAAAGAGGAGAUUGUAGUCGGAGGAGUGUUGUUUAUGUUGAUGGGUGGUCGACCUUGUGGCUCAAUGAGCCAGUUCGGUGAUCCUGACACGAGCGUCAAGCACCCUUUCUCAAGUUCGAUGAAUCAAGCUUGGCAAGAUCUAGUGGAUGAGGGUUUAAUAGAGGAGGAGAAAAGAGAUGGUUUCAACAUUCCGGUAUACAAUAGAAGCACGGAUGAGAUAGCGGCCGGGAUUGAACGUGUUGGUGGUUUUAAGAUAGAGAAGAUGGAGAAUCUGAGAAUAGCUGACCACAUGAAUGAUAGGCAGGAGGAGUUGAUGAAAGAUCUGGAUUCGUACGGUCGAACCAGGGCUAAUUUGGCUCAAGCUGGUCUAAAGCCGGUGGUUCAGGCCUAUCUCGGUCCUGACCUAACCGGCAAGCUUUUCAAACAGUACGCGAUUCAAGCUGCGAGAGACAAAGAAAUCCUCAUGAAGAAUUGUUUCUAUUCGAUGAUCGCUGUUUCAGCGAUUCGUGUUUGA